UGCAAAGGUGUGAACAAUAAGCCGAAUAGCGGGAAGGAAGACCCUACAAAGGGAGCAGCUAAGAGAGCUAAGUGCAAGUCUGGGACUUAAGCCCGAGCUUCCUUCUCUCUUUAAGUAGCUGCAUGCCAUAGUUCCCUCAUAGUUUUCUUGCUCGCUCUGGUUGAUAAGGAACAGGCAGUGCUUAGAGCUAGGUUGUUUAGGUUAGGUCAAUCUUACGUUCAAGUCGUCGAGCGUGAUCCCUCUUCCAUCUCCAGUAAUCAGUAGAAACCCAAAUCCUUAGCUAGUUCUUGUCCAGUAAAGUCUGACCUUACACAUCGGUCAUUAGGGUUUGGUACGCUACUGAUAAUUAAAGCUAAGGUUAGCUUUGCUUGCGCUAGUUACUUAGCAUCCGGCCACCGGUUUGUUUUACGGUGGUAAGGAUAUGGAGGAGAUCAGAAGUGAUGACAUGGAGAAGCAAGAUGAAGUUAUGUUACCUGGCUUCAGGUUUCAUCCAACUGAUGAAGAGCUCGUCAGGUUCUACCUCAAGAGGAAAAUCCAGCAGAAGUCUCUUCCGAUUGAGCUUAUUAGGCAGCUGGACAUCUACAAGUUUGAUCCAUGGGAUCUCCCAAAACUAGCAAGCACCGGAGAGAAGGAGUGGUAUUUCUACUGCCCAAGGGAUAGGAAGUACCGGAACAGCACAAGGCCUAACAGGGUGACCGGAGCAGGCUUCUGGAAGGCCACCGGAACCGACAGACCAAUCUACUCCUCUGAUGGAAGCAAGUGUAUAGGCUUGAAGAAGUCUCUCGUCUUUUACAAGGGUAGAGCGGCCAAAGGUGUCAAAACUGACUGGAUGAUGCAUGAGUUUCGGCUUCCAUCACUCACCGACCCUUCGUUGCCGCAGAAGAAGCCACUGGAGAAGACCAUUCCACCAAAUGAUUCCUGGGCAAUCUGCAGGAUUUUCAAGAAAACCAAUGCCACAGCGCAGAGAGCGCUCUCGCACUCAUGGGUCUCUCCUCCAUUACCCGGCACAAACGGGACCUACAUUCCUCCCCACUUGCAGACUACACACAGAAGUCGACACACCUCAGAGAACACAUCGUCCGCGAUGACCAACAUCAUCUCCUCCAACAUCCAGUUCACUGGCAGUGGCUACUUUCCUUCAAUAGUUUCCUCCUGUCAGAGCACUCUCAACAUCAUCGACAGCAUAAGCAGGCCAGCUACAUCCAUAGUGCUCCCCCCAUCAGAUGCAGAGCACCAGGCUAUGAGUAUCCUCUCAGCUAUCCCGCUUGACCUUCCGGCUGGGAUGGACGUCGCAUCGAUGGUUCUGAACGCGUCACCCAUCACACUCUCCAACAUGGACAGAUCAGCCCCCAUGAACAUUGAGUUUGCGCAGCCGCAACAAUGCAACAACAGCAUGAGCAGAUGCAUGGUCGACUUGCCUGAUAUCGGCAACAACAUCAUCAACGGAACUCAACGGUCCAUCAAUUUCCCAUUCAACAACCUGCAAGGGCCGCUUUCUGAUGACUGGAGAGCGACCGUGCCUUGGGAAUCGCUCCCCUGCACAACUGAGGCCUCCACGAAUUACCAGCCGACCAAAUGCUACACUUAGUUAGUUUCUACCCUGUAGCAAAGUAGAUUUGGUUUUAGAGUGCAGUAGAGAGUAGUGUAGUGCCUACCUCCAUCUGCUAGUAUUACUGUUAGCGUGAAGAGGUAUUGGAGUUUCGCUCCGUUAACAGCGAAGCUAACAGAACUGAUGUGUGCUACUGCUACUAUGUACGUAGCUUGAAUUCGUGCAACUAAUCACCCUUCUGUGCAACGUAGGAGCUGUUGUAGGUUGUAGCCGUGUCAUGUGUAAACAUAGCUCUCAGCUCCAA